AUGAGCGAAAAGGCAUCUUUCAGUGCGAUUCAUCCACUUUAUUUGUGCGUCAGUCAAACCAAGGAAGGAGAGCGGAGGAGGCGACGGCCGAUGAAUACUGGAUCGAAGUUGUUGGAAAGGCAAGAAAACGAGAUGCUAUUUUCAAUAAUUGGUGCUGAUAACUUUUCUUUGUCCGCUGCCGUAGUUGAAUUACUCUUCGUCGAAAACAGACAAUGGAGACUCACAUUUCGAGGCGUUAUUUCGUUAGUAAAGGACUAUCAAAAACGGGCGUACUUUUUGCGCUUAUACGACAUAUUGAGCGGUCAAAAACUAUGGGAUUUUAAACUGUACGUUUCGUUGACAUUUUUUUUUGCAAAAAUCUAG